UCAUCUAGGCAUGCCCGAACCAGUGACCACGGAAGUGGCUCCAAAUGGGGAAAUGGAUGAAAAAGCCAAAGAAAAAGAUGUACUAGAAGUAAAAGUAGCUACUGAGGAGGAAGCAAAGAAAGCUGAAGCUGCAGAUCGUAGUGCUAAAGGUGCAUUAAGUCUUCUUGCUGUCAUUAUCCUUGGUUCUGCCUAUCUUGUAGCUUUCUGCUCGAGAUUGUUUGCAGUCAUCCGGUUCGAAAGUAUCAUCCAUGAGUUCGAUCCAUGGUUUAACUACCGUGCAACUCACCACAUGGUUGAGAAUGGUUUCUACAAUUUCCUAAACUGGUUCGACUCUAGAGCAUGGUACCCCCUUGGUCGCAUUGUCGGUGGCACCGUAUAUCCAGGCCUGAUGUUAACCUCGGGCACUAUACACUGGAUUCUACAUUCCCUCAACAUACCCUUCCACAUCAGAGAUAUAUGUGUCUUCCUGGCUCCUAUCUUCAGUGGUCUGACAGCUAUAACAACAUUCCUCCUUACACGUGAACUGUGGAGCACUGGAGCAGGGCUGCUGGCUGCUUGCUUCAUCGCUAUAGCACCCGGCUACAUAUCCAGAUCUGUUGCUGGUAGUUAUGACAACGAAGGUAUUGCCAUCUUCGCUCUCAUGCUCACCUUCUUCUUGUGGAUCCGCGCAAUGAAGAAGGGUUCAGUAACGUGGGCGAUACUGGCUGCUCUCAGCUAUUUCUACAUGGUCUCAGCCUGGGGUGGGUAUGUCUUCAUCACCAACCUCGUGCCCCUUCACGUCCUCGUUGUCCUGCUCAUGGGCAAAUUCAGCGCUAAAAUAUACAUCUCAUACAGCACGUUCUACAUAGUUGGUCUGAUCUGCAGCAUGCAGGUUCCCUUCGUGGGAUUCCAGCCGCUCCGCACCAGCGAGCACAUGGCCGCUCUCGGCGUAUUCGGGUUACUCCAGAUCGUGGCUUUUCUACACUACGUUAAAGCUGCUACUACCAAGAAGCAGUUUGAGGUGCUGUUCAAGACGGGAUUCCUUAUUUCAUCAGUACUGGGCUUUAUGCUGCUGACCGGCCUGACGUGGGCUGGAUAUGUGGCACCUUGGAGCGGCAGAUUCUACUCUUUGUGGGACACUGGGUAUGCAAAGAUCCACAUACCGAUCAUUGCAUCAGUAUCAGAGCACCAACCUACCACCUGGGUAGCAUUCUUCUUCGAUCUCCACAUCAUGGUCCCUCUCUUCCCUGCUGGAGCCUGGAUCUGCUUCAAGAACCUCACUACCGAACGUGUUUUUAUUCUGUUAUACGCAGUGUUCGCGUCCUACUUCGCGGGGGUGAUGGUUCGACUGAUGUUAACACUUACUCCGGUUGUGUGUAUACUCUCCGCUAUCGCUCUCUCUGUUAUCAUGGAGAAAUACCUCGCUAAACCUCCCCCUCAAGAGGAACAGAAUGAUGACGGAACAAUCGUGACGAAGCAAGAAGAGGGAUCUCCGAGUAUUAUUAUCAUGACAAUCCUGGCCCUGUUAUCACUCUUUGCAUUCCAUUGUACCUGGAUCACCUCCUCUGCUUACAGCUCUCCUUCAAUUGUUCUUUCUACCGGCGGAAGCGGCGGGACAAGACAUAUUCUGGACGACUUUAGAGAAGCGUAUUUCUGGCUGAAUCAGAACACCCACGAUUUGAGCAGAGUUAUGAGUUGGUGGGAUUAUGGGUAUCAGAUAGCGGGUAUGGCUAAUAGGACAACACUAGUGGAUAACAACACGUGGAAUAACAGUCACAUAGCUCUGGUGGGUAAAGCCAUGGCCAGCACGGAAGAGAACGCCUACAAGAUAAUGCAGGAUCUAGAUGUCGACUAUAUCUUAGUUAUAUUCGGUGGUAUGAUUGGGUACUCUGGCGAUGAUAUUAACAAGUUUCUGUGGAUGGUUAGGAUCGCUGAAGGUGAACAUCCGCAAGAUAUUCAGGAAGGACGCUAUUUCACGCCGGAAGGAGAAUACAGAGUUGACGGACGAGCCUCUCAGACCAUGUUGGAUAGCAUGAUGUACAAGAUGUGUUAUUACCGGUUCGGGGAAGUCACAGUGGAUCACCGUCAACCGCCAGGCUUUGAUAGGACCCGGGAGUCGGUGAUAGGGGACCGGGAUGUAAAGCUAGAGUAUAUCGAGGAGGCUUUCACUACUACUAACUGGCUCGUACGGAUAUACAAAGUUAAGAAACUUGAUAACCGGAUGAUAAAGAAAGGAAGCCGACCUCUAAAAGCUAAACGUCCUCGAAAGACGAGGAAAGGAGAGAAAGGUUCGGUGGGAAAAACAGUAAUAGUAAAUAGAGGAAAGAAGGUAUCAACCAGGAAAUAACGUUCGGACAUGUUUUAGUUAUUUAGUUAUGUUGAUUGUUAUUAACUUUAUUCAGGUUGGAGUAAUUUAUGAAUAGUUAUGUUAGUUAACCGGCUGGUUGCUGAUAAAAUUACUGCUUUUCCAUUCAAAGUAUUAUCAUGUGGUUGCCAUCCUUUCUUGAAAUCCAUCGGUCAAUUUAUUUUUCUCAAAGGCUCCGGCUCACAGUCGAAUAGUUUUAUAUGUAUCGAUAUUUGCUAAGUAACUUGUUGUUUUGUGUUGAUUUGUGUUUCUAAUUUACAGAUUUAAAUUUAGGAAUGGGAAAUUGUUCUUUGCAAUGCCAUCUUAUUUAACGAUGAUGAAGAUUUUAUUUUCUCGGAGCAGAAAAUUUUGGAUGAAAAUUAACAGCAGGAGUUGAGCUCCCGUUUAUUAUUUGAAGAUAUUUACUUGAGCUGAGUUUCAAGUUUUGUGUACCUUUGUGCAAGACUUGGAUUUUUCGGAUAAUUCCUGAUAUGAUUGAGUUAUAUUUAAUUACUAAUGAAUAUCACUGUUUCAUUUUGUUAGGAUUCAUGUAUUAUAUAAUGCAAGUGAUUACUAGUUGCUAUGUAGGGCCACGGCGUAAUAUACCAUCUUGUGCACAGGAAAGAUGAAAAUUAACAGACCUCUAUACUAAAUGAUGAUUUACAUGUUAUUAUAGACUCCAGAGUGGAGGGCAAAGAAAAACUGCUGGUUAACAAAUAUGUACUGUCAACUAACAAAUAUAUACAAAUUUUACCAAUGCUUGAUUUACAAUUUAAUAAUUUAUUAAUAACUUUUGCAGAAAACUGACCCAC